UAAUCGAAAUAAUAAUGAAUUAGUUCAAAUUUAAUGUUAAAUCAAAUAGACAUUAAAGCGACGAGUAUAAAGAAAUCAGUAGGGAUAGUGAAUUUCAAACUCCGUGUUGGUUUAAUUGCAUCGAAGGACACUGGCGUUAACUGAACGAUAUGCAACACAGUUAAAGAAUUACAACAAGCGAUAAAUUCGAAGCAACGACCGCGGGUGCCACUUCGAGUGUCCACUAAUCGGCUCGAGUAUUUCAAUGAAUCAAUGCAUUUUCUAGUUGGCUGAGGAACUAACAGAAGAGUAUGGGAUACCUGAAGAUGUAUCUGUCAAGAUUACAACAUUAUAUUUGAAACUCUUUAGAAAGUGCCCUGACAAUGUAAUGUAUACAUUGGAUACUUGGCGUACAAGUUUAUGGAGUAAAGCACUUGGUGAAAAAUACUCGUACUUAGCAACCAGAGUUUAUGAACGAUGGUUGUGUCUACGAUAUUAUUAUCUAGCACUUUCAUCAGAUACAAUUUCCAUGCUAAGACAGUUGAGGGUAAAGUACCUCCUUGGGCUAAUAACUAAUGGUCCUUCUAAUGCACAAUGGGAAAAGAUACAUAAACUAUCUUUGGAACAAUAUUUCCAUGUUAUUUUGGUAUCUGGAGAUUUACCAUAUGAAAAACCAGAAAGAGAAAUAUUUAAAAAAGCAUAUAGAAUUUUAAAUGUUAAACCAGAAAAGUGCGUAAUGGUCGGUGACAAAUUGGAAACUGAUAUUCUAGGUGGGAUAGAAGCAGGAUUCGGAAGAACAGUUUGGAUUCCAAUUUCCGAUAAACCACGAUUGUUAAAAGAAGAUCCACAACCAGAUUUUACUAUAACCCAUAUAACAGAUCUCUUACAUAUCUUAAAUAGUGGUCCUGGCGCACCUGAACUUGAGGAUUCUUCUUCAAAUGCAUCAGAUGGUAGCUGAUGAGAAAACAAAGAAAUUUAUUUUUUAAUAUUUCAUAGAAUAAUAUAGCUACUAAAAAUUAAAAUUGUGUUACAGAACUUUUUCGUUUCAUAGAAACUGUGGAACGAAUUCUCACGUUUAAGUACUGUUUAUUAUAGUUAUUUAUAAUGAUAUAUAAUUUAUUACAUAUGUUAUAUAAA